UCGGGGCCACCGUAGAGGCGUCAUGUGACAGCUGCAAGAUGUCAACAUUACUGGGCAAAACUAAUUCCUGAAACCUCGUUGGUUCUUUACGUUAAUGAAUAAACAUGCUUUUGUUUUCUCCCUCCGAAAGAAGACCUGGAUGUUAGCUGUUUGUUUUAUUCUUGUCACCGAGCAGGAUGGCUGUGUCCCACACUGGUCAGUCUUCUCUUGUGUCCAGUCUGGCCACACUUCUCCGUAACAACGGCGACGUGGUGCUGGACGGCAGCAGCACUCUGACGCUGCCGGCUGCCAGCCUGCAGCAGCUGACUCGGCUGUUUGAGCAGUACCUGCUGUCUCGGAGCCAGCAGCACGGGUUCCUGGCGCUGCCCUCGCACCCUGCCGACACCGCCGCCCUGUUACAGCUGCAGUUCCUCUUCGACGUCCUGCAGAAGACCGUCUCCCUCAAGCUAAUCCACCAACCAGGAGUGCACCUGGACUCUGUGGUGAAAAUUUUCCCUUUUAAGUCUCUCAAGUGUUUGGAGCUGAAGAGAAUCCCUCCACACCUCCUGGAGGGACUGAGAGGAGUUUAUUCUCAACUGGAGGUUUUUAUUUGCACAAAAAGCCUCAGCUCCCUGGAGGAGCUGCUGUCGACGUGCGGAGGCGACCUGAGCUCUGCGCUUCCUUGGUUGGAGCUUCACACCCUGAAUUUCAGCUACAACUCCAUCGUCUGCCUUGACCAAUCAAUAACUUUACUGAACGUCCUGAAGUCUUUGGAUCUAAGCCACAACAAGAUUCAGGAGUGUGCAGAGUUUUUAAAACCUCUGAGUGAGCUGGAGCACUUGAACCUGGGCUACAACUGCCUGCAGAGGGCGCCGACGCUCGGCCCGAGCGCCAGGGCCAAGCUGCACACGCUCAUCCUCAGGAACAACGAACUGGAAGCUAUUAACGGUGUGGAGCAGUUGUCUUCACUCCAGCAUUUAGACCUAGCCUACAACCUGCUGUUGGAGCACUCUCAGCUCGCCCCUCUGUCUUUGCUGCAUUGCCUCAGCUCACUGAACCUGGAGGGAAACCCGCUGUUUUUCCAGAAGACCCACCGUACAUGCACAGUUAGACAUCUCUCACCAAAAGCUGCCAGUGUCAAACUCAGACUUGAUGGUAUUCCACUGUCUUCAUCUGAGUUAUCAGUUUUACCAAAAGCAGGCCCGCUGCAUGUCCAGGUUCAAUCUUCACUGACUUCGGUUCCACUUUCAUCGGACCGCAGCACCCAGGAGGUGUCGAGCGCUGCGGGGGAGCUGAGCGACAGCAUGUCUGUCGGAGAUGUCGGGGUCUCUCAUUUACGUCGAAAGAAAUCCAGAAGUAAGGUGAAAGUGAGAAGAGCCAGCAUAUCUGAACCAAGUGACACUGAUCAUGUACCCAGACGCAUUUCUUCCACACAAGACAUCGUUCUCCCACACCAGCAGGAGAUUGAGCGCAUGUCCAGCUUCAGAGACCAGCUGGGGGAGGACUGGCUGAGAUACCAGCACCAUCUAGAUGGAGAAGCAAGCACCAUGGUCAGAACUGAUGCUUCAAACCAAACAGCCUCUCAAACUCUCUCCAACGGUCCCAGCAGCAACGGUCCUCCCGUUGAUCCGUCUCCUGUGAAAAUACCCGAGGUCCUCCCACCACCGCUCCUUUCCCUGGAAACAAAAGACAAGGACUUGGAAACAGCGUCCACCCCACACUGGCUAAGCCACAGCACUCAGCAGAGCGAAUCCACACUGGAGGGCAGCGAAGCGGACGGGUUAGCAGUGAGGCAGGACGAAGCCAGCUCGCUUCAUUCGAGCCCAGAUUCCCAGAGGUCUGCCAGAGCGUCGAGUGAAAACAAUCAAGAAGAUGACGAGGGCCUUGGAGUGGACCUGUGUCACCCACUUCUUGUCGGAGUCCUGUCUGACAAAGCAGGAGACAGCACAGGUCCAGACACAACGAGGACAGAGGUGUUUCUGCGCGUCAAGCAGGGUUUGGUGCUGGAGGUGGACGUGCAGCAUGGUCAAGAGAGAUGUCGGCUGGAGCUGGACAGCCUGGCCAGGGUUGAGACCACUGAGGUCGCCUGGACCCAACAGGACACAGAGAAUUUGUUUCCUGCUGUGGAGCUUCAUUUUGACUACAUCACCAAGGCGAAAACGAAACGAUGUUAUGUCUUGCUGGAUGACGACCCGCAGCAGGCAGCACAGGUUUUGACUGAUAUAUUGUCUCAUGCCAUGGAGGAGAACCAGCGCCGGGACUCGGAGCUCGUCCCCAGCUGUGCUCACCUGCAGUGCCUCCGCUGCAGGUUGGAGUUCAAGGCUCCUGGAGAGGCCGAGGAGGAGGAAUCUGGAGAGAGACUGAAGAGGAGGAUAGCCACGAUGUUACCAGAGGGAAAAAGCCACAUUUGUCCAGAAUGUGGUAGUGACCAUGUAGUUCAAGUGGCUGAACAAACCACUCCCUACAGCAGUACGCCCACCUUUCAUUCAUCAAGACCUCACAACCAAGACACUUACCUUGAUAUGACUCAGAGCACUCAAAGUGUCAACAAGCUUGAUGACACAGAUACAAGUAUAAGCAGCAGUCCUAUCCCAGAAACCGCCAUGAUCUCAGAGGAUCCCACAUUUGUCACAGCCCAGGGAAGCUCCUUCUUCAUUGGGGAUGGACCAGAUGAUACCAGCAACCUCUCCUUCAACACAGAGUUCCAGAGUAAGGAGGACCUAGCAGGAAGCUACCACUACACUUCAACGGGGGUGACCCCACCUCAAGUUGAACCUAUAGACCGAUCCACCUCUAAGGAUGAUUUGGACCUGCUGUCCGAGGACUAUGAGGUGGUGGAUCAUCGUCUCAAGCUUUUUUUAGACGUGGAGGUCUUCGAAGACGAUGAGGAGCUUCACUCUUUCCUGAAGAUGUCCGCUGUAAAAUUUGGGGAGUCAGAGGAAGUUUCCUCGCUUUUGGUUGUGUCAAACCAGCGAAUAUAUUUUCUGGAAAUAACAUCAGAUACACAGAGAGGCCCUCUCACCGAGUGGCUGCAGAAGAAGCACAGCUACCCGAUCGUGGACCUCAGUUACCUGGAGGUGGGGCUGGGCUCGCAGAGCAUCCACAUGGAGUUCAUGGACAGAGACGGAGAUGUGGCCUUCACGCUCCUCGUGAGGGACAGCGCACGCUGCAAGCGCUUCUUUGGCCUCCUGACAGGAAUUGUCCGGGAGAUGUCCCACAAAUCAGACAGCAAGCUGCAGUCCAUCUCAACCACUAGACUAUCCCCACAGCACCAUCUCUGGCCUCUCGUGUGCGAAGACAUCCAGGCAGAUGUGGAGGACGGACAGCUGCAGUUCUUCUAUCUUCUGGCUUUUGUGCUGCAAGAGGACACCUGGAUGCCUGUGACCGUUCUGGCAACCAGAGAAACCCUCUAUCUGCUCGAAGAAGAUCACCAAUGGAGGAAAAACAGCUUGACGUCAAAUGAAAACAACGAGUCGUGCAGUGGGAGCGUCACCGUCUUAGAAACGCUGCCCAUUAGCUGUGUGAGCUCGGUCCUCCUGUGGCCCGCGGACCAGUGCAGGAUGGAUGUGAAGCUUUACGACGAGACAGUGAAAGAGGAGAAGACGUGGAGUGUGCGCUCGCAGAGCUCCGAGCUCCUCCAGGCUCUGCUGUCCUGGGUCAGGACACAGUGGGAGGCCAUGUUCGGAGUGAAACUGCACACAAGUCUGCAGGACAAAGCAGCAUAAUGUGUGUGUGUGUGUGUGUUCCUGUCUUAAGGCGAGAAUAAAAAAACAAAGAGAGAAAAGGUGUAGCGAGCGUGAGCGAGUUUGUCUUUGUUCCCUCUCUGCCGUCUGAACUCAGUCUGGUCUCGUUACACUUCCUCGUUGCUUCGAGCCAAGAGCUCGGAAAGGAUCACAACUCAUUCAUGUGGCACACAAGCCCGUAAAAGCUCCACUUGCAUAAUUCCUCCUUCACACCAUAACACGCAUCGUUCUGAUACACCUAAUAGAUUUUACAGAAACUAACCGAAGAUUUCUGGAACUCGUUCACUUUUCAAGUCGACCCAAUCCAAGAUGGCUGCCACAGCUAAUCAGAAGUAGCCUACGCAGGAAUGGCUACACCUCAGUGAAAGUUCAAACACUGAAUUAAAAUGUUUUAGUAGCUGAGGGUCGACCACAAGACGUAGUGCUAACAGUAAGUGAUUUAUCAUCCUUCUAUAACAGGUGUGCACCUUAAUGCGUGUUUUAUUCCUAAAUCACCGGUAGCGUUCAGGGUUUGGCCGGCUGGGAUUAAGAGCAUUAGUUGGCUUUAAGGAUUUUUUUCCUGAAAUGUGGCCAUCCAUCCUCCCCCACCCCUCAUUACAGCUUAGCUUAGCGGUGUCUCGUUUCAGCAUCACGCGCUGAGCACGAGGCGGCAGGAACCCCCCCAAAGCCUCCAGACCCUCGUCAAGCGACACCUUGAACAUUUAGCCUCCAGUUAGCGUCUGAACUUUGUCCCAGUAAUGGGCUCUAAAAAUGAAGGAGCGGCAGGGACUUCACUGGAGAUGUGAAUUAGUUUGUUUUCACAGCAAAUGUGUGGGGGUUCAUUGGGUUUGUCUUUCGUUGUGAGAAAUGGAUAAAAAUCACUCCAAAUGCUACUGCUUGUGCAGUUUCUGUCAUACAGUUCAGCAGCUGGGACCGCCAAGAUGUGAAACUGAACAGAGGCUAUAAAAAUCACAACAUAUUCAUAAUUCAGACAAUUUCACCUAAUUUGUGUUUUGUUACUUGUUUCAGAAUGAUAUGAUGUAAAACGCUGUCUUUUAUUUUUAUAUAAAUGUGUCAUGAAACUGGAUUAUAAA